AUGGAUGGGAAUGCAGAGCAGAAAGAGAAUGACCCUGGGUCCAAUCCCAGCACUGAAAACACAGAGCUGAAGAACGAUGAGCAACUCCAGCAUACACCAGCUGAAGAGCCCUCAGAAGAGGGUAAAUCCACUAAUGCUGAUUACAGUAAGAAUAAAGCUGACACGGCUGCAGAUGAGGCUGAGGAGGUGGUAGCAGUGGAGCAGAGUGGGCAAGAGUCUGAAAAAGCUUCACCAGAUACUGCAGGGGAACAGGCAACAGAGGAUAUCUCAGCUGGGACAGAGGGAGGGAACCCAGCCGCUUCUGAACCAGUAGAGGGCGCUGGAGAUGAGUCACCCACAGGAGCCAACCUACCAACAAGUGAGACAUUCGAAGAGGGAGAGGGCCCGGAGAUGAAGCCUCUAAUAGGGGAGCCUCUCUCCCGCGAGGGGAGCCUCACACUCGAAGAUGUCUACAACAACAACGAUGAUGAAGACGGACCGCCAAAACUAGACCCAGGGACUCCCGAAAGGGAGAGUUCCGUGCAGGUUGAGGAAAAGGGUCCCUCUCUAACCAAAGAGACGGGCCCCAGCAUCGACUACAAAGAAUACAUGAACUUCCUUUAUGAGUUGCAGGCGGAGAAGGACAAACUGAGCCAGGUCAAUGGUCAGCUCCAGAUCAAGCUGGUGGAGUACUUCCGCAAGAAGACAGGUGAUGACGCACGUCCUGAGAAGGAGAAAGCCGUGUCGGACCAGGAGCAGCGCUACCAGAAGUACAUGGCCAUCAUGGAGGACCUGAAGUGGCAGCACCGGCUGGACUCGGAGGCAGCCCAGCAGCAGGCAGAGGAGCUGAGGCAGCAGAGCCAGGAGAAGCUGGGCCUACUGGAGACCGAGUGGAGCGCUUUCAUGGCACUGAAGCGCGACGUGGCCGUGACGGCCCUGAGCCGGCGCCUUGGGAAACAGGCGGCGGCGGUCGAGGUAGAGCAGAUCCAGGCGGCCGAGCAGCGGCGCCAGAAAGAGCUGGUCACCGUGCGCCUGGAGAAUAUCAAGCUAAAGAACAAGACGCGCAGGUUUGAGGCCACACUGCGUGCCAAGGAGAUGCUCGCUGAGGGCCUGCACCUCAUCGACUUCGAGCAGCUGAAGAUAGAGAACCAGACGUAUAAUGAGAAGAUUGAGGAGCGCAACGAGGAGCUCCUUAAACUGCGCAAGAAGAUCACCAGCACAGUCCAGGUACUAACCCAUGUGAAGGAGAAGCUCCAGUUCGUGCAGAUGGAGAACCAGGCCAAGCGGGCCCAGUUGGCUGAGGUGGAGGUGGUGGUGGCCAGGAAGAGGGAUGUGCUGACCAGGACCAAGCAGGCCAGGGAUGGCCUCCGCAUGGACAACCUGAAGCUGCGCCAGCGCUGCGGCCUGCUGGGCAACGAGACCCUGCUGAGGGACUUUGAGGAGAAGGUGGACGCCUCAGACGACCUGGAGGAGAGGCUGGAGGGGCUGAAGAGGAGGCACGCAGAGCUCAUACUGAAGUGUGCCGGGGUCAAGAAGAAACUGGAGCACACCAAACCCUAA